CUCAUCUCUGUUUUAAACAUGUGACCCCUUAUUCUGAGAUUAUGCUCUCUGGUGCUAGACUGUCCCACAGGAGGAAAGCAGACACUCCAUGAAUCAGAUAAUCCUGAUCCCGGUCUGUACGACUGGGAGAUGGUGUGACUGGCGUGGAAACACUUACCCCCUCCUGCUCGCUAUAUAACAGUGCAAGCUUCUUGUAUAAAACUCAGACAGGGAAACAAUGGUUUCAGCAGUAAGAAUCAUGUUUCAAGAAGUAACCAAGGAAAUUGUGAAUGAGAUUGACCCUGAUGGCAGAUGGAUUCCUACAUCAAGCUUGGCUCAAUCUUACUGUAAACCACUUCGUCUCAUCCUGAAAAAGAAGCCAUUCUUUCCCUUUUUUCAAGACAAAUUCAUCCCAAUGUCUAUCACUCUGACUGACAUACUGCAGGACAGCAAAAAUUUAGAUUUUGGAUUGGAAUCCUCACCCGUGGCCAGAUAUGGUCAGGGCUCUGGCUCCUCAGUCAGUGCAAGUGUUUGUGCGCCAAUUGGGGAAGCAGGAGCUGACAUUUCAGGAAGCAAAUCCGAUGCCAUGUCUGAGAUAGAAAUGAUAAAGCGAGCCAUCUCUAAAAAGAAACUGGAUGAAAAUAUCCAAGACAGGAAGAUAGACAGAGAGAACAGCUUUGUGAAACAACUGAAGGAUGAUUUCAUUUAUGUCAUCACAGAAGUGAUAGAGACAAAGGAUCCAUGUUAUCUAGUGAAAACAUUCAAGGCAUCUUUAGGGAUGAAAUUCCUACUUAAGCCUUUCAAGGGGAGUAUAACCGUGUCUGUAGUGAUUGUAAUGAGGUCAACCAGAAAAUGGGUUCCCUGAUUAGGACUGUUAAUAUGGUCCAAUCAGAAAGCCCUGGCUGACAGAUUUAAACAGGAGUGUCCAUUUAUGAUGCAUGUUACUUGUUUUCUGAUCAAAAAAGCAAUGUUACAUGAUGAACUGGGAACUGCUGCUUUAGUGUCUAAUGUGUGUUAACAUUUAGCUUCAUUCCUUUCUUGUUUGAUAUGCCCAAUCCUCCUAGUAAUCCUGUUUUUAGAAUCUAAAUGAAAACGAUUCAAAAUGUUCUGCUUAUUCUUGGUGGGAGCAGGCUAUAAUUUUUUUAUCUGUUGAAAUAUGGGUUGUAAGGAUUAUAUAUUGUAACAGAAGGAAACUGUAUCUUAGUAGUGUUACUAAGUGUGAAGUACUCUAUGUAUUGAAGCAAAUGUUAACAAAAUUGAUUUUACACUCAUUUUUCAAUAUGUAAAAGAGUAAAUAUUAAUAAAUGAGGGCUACUUAUGCUUCACACAGAACUAUUGUAAGUAAAGAAACACAAGUUAAAUUCUGUACAUCCUCGUUUAAUUUGUUCUGAUAUUAGAAUUUGAAAGCUAAGUUGUUCCUUGUUAAAAGUGUAUCAUGGAUUGGUAUCUCAACAAUAAAAAAGCUCAAACUGGGAGAAUUUUUAUA